GCUUGUGCGCUUCCCGUGGUAUAAAGAGCCAGUUCUGGUGAUUCCCCGAGCAGCCGAGGAGAAGCCGCAACAAGUGCUCGGAAGGUUCUCCGCAAGUCAUCCCUCUGAGCAGCAGUCUGGAGGGCUGGUGGAGAUCCCCAUGUCAGAACAAAAGCACCUGGAGGAUGCCGAGGUCUCGAAGAUAAGCUUUAGUAUGCCCGUCAGCGAGGAGAAGCUGUCCUCUGUACAGCACUGCAUUCUCUCCCCACCCAAGUCACCCGCUUACGCCAUCAUGAGCCGCUUGCCCGAGCAGCCAUCCCCCUUACUAAGUCCGGAUGCAGGGAGCCGGAGCAGCUGUAGCAGCGUGUCCCUGGAUAAAUGCAGUACGCCGGGCUCACGUUCCCGCACCCCUUUAACGGCUGCACAACAGAAGUACAAGAAGGGAGACGUCGUUUGCACCCCGAACGGUAUCCGUAAGAAGUUCAAUGGGAAGCAGUGGAGGCGGCUGUGCUCACGGGAUAGCUGCAUGAAGGAGUCCCAGCGUCGAGGAUACUGUUCCCGGCAUCUGUCCAUGAGGACGAAGGAGAUGGAGAACCUGUCCGAGGGCCGGGGCGGCCGGGAGGGGAGUGCAGAGUUUGACUGGGAUGACACCUCACGGGACAGUGAAGUCAGCAGCAUACGCACCGACUCUCGCCCCCGCCUGGUGGCUGCUGCGGACCUCUCUCGCUUUGACUUUGAUGAGUGUGAAGCUGCAAAUAUGUUAGUGUCUCUGGGAAGCUCCCGUUCCGGAACGCCAUCCUUCUCACCUGUCUCCAACCAGUCUCCGUUCUCCCCAACGCCGUCUCCUUCACCUUCUCCACUCUUCGGCUUCAGGCCAGCCAACUUCAGUCCCAUAAAUGCUUCCCCUGUCAUCCAGCGAGCGGCUCGCAGUCGUCAUGUAAGCGCAAGCACCCCCAAGGGGCAAGCAGUAUUGACCCCGGAGAUGCUGCACCACUCGCACCACCGAGAGAGGCAGCCGGCUGGUAUCCUGCCCUCCUUCCAGACAAACCUUACCUUCACUGUGCCCAUGAGCCCCAGCAAGAGGAAGCCAGAUUCCCACCACAGCAGUGUCAGCUCAGCCGCCGACUUCCAGAAGACUGAUAGCAUGGACUCCGGGGUGGACUCUGUCUCUCACACCCCAACACCAUCCACACCUGCCGGAUUUCGAUCUGGCUCACCCGCCAUCUUUUCCCGAUCCCAGCAAGCCUCUCCAUCUUUGCUUCUGUCCCCCCCUGCUGGCCUGACCUCUGACCCUAGCCCUACUGUCCGCAGGGUCCCAGCUGUGCAGAGAGACUCUCCUGUCAUUGUGCGUAACCCGGAUGUCCCUCUACCCUCAAAGUUUGUGGAAAAGCCGUCUGAUGGGGGACCUCGAGGUGUUGGUGGAGCGGUGACAGGAGGCAGCAGUCCCAGGCGUCUGGUUAAAGUAUGCUCCAAGGAGCAUCCUUCUAAGACUCCGCUCCAGAUACCAGUACCCAUCAAUGCUACCCAGAUACAGAAUGUGGCACGGUCAUUGCCGUCUGGUCAAGCCAGCGCUGGAGAGUCAUCCCCCUGCACGUCCUCUGGUCUAUCAGAUCACCCUCCAGCCGCCUUCAGUGUCUCCUCACCAUUCCAGCCGCUCGCCUUCCAUCCAUCUCCUGCCGCUUUGCUGCCAGUUAUCGUGCCCAGUGACUACAGCAGCCACCCUGCUCCGAAGAAAGAGAUCAUCAUGGGACGGCCGGGCACAGUCUGGACCAACGUGGAGCCGCGCUCUGUCGCCGUCUUUCCCUGGCAUUCUCUGGUCCCGUUUUUGGCUCCGAGCCAACCAGACUCUUCCGUCCAGCCCACGGAGGGGCAGCAGCCCGCCAGUCACCCUGGUGCCACCAGCCAAAGCAAAGAGCCCCCCGAAUCGGCCUCAGUGGCAAAUGAGGUGGUGCCCGUGCCAAGCGGUGAAGAUGAGCGAUGCGGAGUUACCCUGACCGACACUGUGCCCCAGCUGCCCAAUGAGGAGCCUGCAAGACAGUCCCAGCACCAGGAGGGCACCACACAAGUUCCUACAGGGGAGCGGAGGGCAGAUAGUGAGACCGAGAGCGACCACGAUGACCCGUUCUUCACUAUCGGACCCUCUGAGAUGCCGCUGCAGGUGCAUUCUGGGAAACGCAGGACCCAGUCUCUCAGUGCCCUCCCCAAGGACAGAGACUCCUCCUCCGAGAAGGAUGGGCGGAGCCCUAACAAGAGGGAGAAGGAUCACAUUCGCCGUCCCAUGAACGCCUUUAUGAUAUUCAGUAAACGUCACCGGGCCCUGGUGCAUCAGCGUCACCCCAAUCAGGACAACCGCACCGUCAGCAAGAUCCUGGGCGAGUGGUGGUACGCGCUGGGCACCAAGGAGAAGCAGAAGUAUCAUGACCUGGCCUUCCAGGUGAAAGAAGCACAUUUCAAGGCGCACCCCGACUGGAAGUGGUGUAACAAAGACCGCAAGAAGUCCAGCUCGGAUGUGAAGCAGGUGAUGCCCGGUCCCUGGGGGGUGCCCAAAGAGAUGAGGGAGAGGAGCAUGUCUGAGACUGGCACCACAGCCGCCACGGGAGUUUCCUCAGAUAUGGCCCCGUCCGGUCUGCUGCUGGAAGCCAAGCACGGGGCCCCCUCAUCCAGUAUGGCACCCGGAGAUCGCCUGCCCGUGUCCUCUACAUCCGCAGCCCAGCUCCCUCGUCCCCGGGCGUUCUCCCACAGCGCUGUGCAGAGCAUCGAGCACCGGGAGGAUAGCCAAGCCCUGCAGGAGCUCAAGCAGAUGUGCUCAAGUCGUUCUCCAUAUUCCAAUCAGAAGGCGGCAUUCGGCGGUCCGGAGCCCCCGGCAUUCCCAAUGCCCACCCACAGUGAGAGUUCCGCUUGCCCGACGUCCCGCGCCUGUCCGAGCCUUCCGGGACCCUACCGCCCUCCACGCACCGCCAGCGAGGACAUGACCAGCGACGAGGAGAGGAUGGUCAUCUGUGAGGAAGAGGGGGACGACGAUGUCAUCGAUGACGGAUUCGGCUGUGCGGACAUAGACCUGAAGUGUAAGGAGCGCGUCACGGACAGCGACAGCGAGGGGGCGUCCGGAGACGAGGCGGAAGGCAAGGGGGCACCACAAGGGGUCUUCUCGCCCGUUAUUCGCUCCUCCUCCCUUUCUGGGAACUUUCCUCUUUCCUCUGAAGACUUGAAAUCUGAACGACCCGUGAAUAUGGUUCAGUCGCCCAAGCCCAGCGACCACCCUCAAGCGGCCUUCCCCCGCGGGUAUCCUCCGCUUCCUCCAGCCAAACCUCCUCCUCGUCAGCCCAGCCAGCACCAAGCUAAAAGGCCGCCCGAAGUGCGCUUCACUAUGGUGGACCCUGCCGCCAGCUACAAGAGGAAGCGCGGCUCCGAGAGUGGGGGCCAGAAGGUGGCAGCAGAGGCGGCCCCUCCUGUAAGUCAGUACCCCGCUCAGUCCGUCAUCUCCUCCAGUGCCCCCCAGACUCUUGUUUUUCCCAGUAUAUCUUCACCCAACCCCUUGAGCACUGUGUAUUCAAUACCCAGACCCUAUGACGUGCAUCGGGGGGCCCCAGAGAGCCGCUCUGUUGUACCCACAGUAGGGACUGUGCUUGUGUCGGGGCCACAAGGGAUUGGUGUCCUUCCCCCGGGCUUCAGGCCGGCUUCUACAGUGGUGACUAAUGUGGUGAAACCAGUCAGCAGCACACCGGUGCCCAUCGCCAGCAAGCCGGUGCCGAUGAGCCGGGGCGGCAGCAGCAGCGACUUGUAUGACGGGCGAAUACCUGGCUCCCCCGUGGGCAUUGGCGUGGUGUAUGCCCAUGACAGGAAACCAGUGCAGCAGCUGACAUCUCCAGCAUCUUCCCCACUACCACACGGAAAACCAGCUGGUGGGCUAGUGACCAACCUCCUAGUCGGGGCGCCCAGCUAUGGACAGCCUGCGCCCACUUCUGGAAACGGUACCGGGACUGCUCCAGUCACAGCCCUGCAGUUCAUUACCCAGAACCCUGCAGGUAGCCCUAAUGGGGCCGUGCCUCUGGGGAUCCUUCAGCCGCAGCAGCUGCUUCCUGCAGCGUCGGGCAAGCGGGGAGGCAUCACCCAGGUGCAGUAUAUUCUGCCCACAAUACCACAGCAGCUGCCAGGGGGCAUCCAGUUCACUCUUCCACCUGGAAAUGCAAAGGUGAUCGCCACACCUCAAGGCGUUCCUAUGGUCCAGCCUGGCCCCGCUGCCAGCCCCUCGCUGGGUAUUGUGUCGGCAGCUGGUAGAGCCCAGUCUCUGUCUCCAGCCCCGUCACCGGGGAGUUGUGCCCAGCUGCUGCCCGGCCCAGGAAUCCUGUCGCCCAGUGCUCCAAUGCAGGGCAAGAUGCUGGUUCCUGUGAGCGCCCCCCAUGUGACAGUGCGGACAGGCCCCGCAGCACAACUGCCCCUCGUCACCUCUCCGUUCCCCGUGCAGAACGGUGCCCAACCCCCCAAUAAGAUUAUUCAGAUCACUCCGAUGCCCAUGGUGCAGCCGCCCGCUCCAGCCCAGAGUGCCUUAGUGCCCCCUGUUAAUCAAACACUCCAGAGCGCUAUUCCUGUCACCAUGGCGACUGUUGUGGCGGCAACUUCUCAACCGCAGAAAGUGAUUUUGCCGUCUACUCGGAUCACGUACGUGCCCUCUGCGGCCGGCCCCACGCUUCCUCUGGUGACCACCAGCUCGUACUCCCAUGCUGCUAUGCCGGGCCCUUGUGUACAGACGACACUUGCGGCGGGCUCAAUGGCUCUCGGCUUCACCACCAUAAGUCCAAGUGGUCAGACCAUCGUGCAGCCGCUGCUGGCAGGACAAAGCCAGAUCCUUGCCCCGGGGCAGGUAGGUGUGACUCCGGCCUCCACGCCUCCUGUGCCCCCCAGCAGCAGUAGCCAGGUCCUUACGGCGAUAUACCCCUCAGUCGGCUCCAGCACCCUGGCCAUGCCGGCUGCUCCUUCAGCACAGAACCUGGUGUACACUGUGGCAAGCACAGGCGUGGUGCCCACCGCACCCGCCACCAUACUGCCUAAAGCCGUCACCUCUCCACCGACUCUCAGCGCACCACCAGCACCAUCCACCGGGGGGAGCGCCUCACACGUCACAACGGUCACAGCCUCCUCGGUUACGUUCAGUCUAGUGGCCCCCAAGCCUCAACGAACCCUCCCGAAGCCCCCCCAGAAAGUGAAGGCCACAAUCGCCAAUAUCCCAGUGGGAUCGUAUGAGGCCACGUCUCCUUCCCCCUGUGUGCGCGCCAUUUCCCGGCCUGCGCCCCCGCCGCCUCGUGAGGAGACCCCCGAAUCAAAAUACACAUCAGAGUCUCGAGGGACACCGAUUGUCCGAGAUGCUACUACAGAACCAUCAUCCGCCUCAUCGAGCGCCUUUCCUUCCGCUCCGCCCCGAGAUCUGGCUCCAGGGAAGCCGAGGUUGUCUGCUCCAGAGGAGCGAUCAUCACGAGACGCGUGGGCAAAAAGUGUCGGGGAGGAGAAGUCUGUGGGGUCCCCUCUACAGGGUGGAGCCUCCGAGGUGAAGAGGGAACCUCCGCCGUCACCUACUGUCAAGAAGGAGUCAGUGUUUCCUCCAGAAUGGAAAGUCGCCGUGUCGGAGAGCCGCCCAGACACUGCUGCCGCGUCUGCCCAUCCCCCACCCUCAUCCCCGGUGCCAUCCACUGCCUCGGCUAGUGUUAGUGGGUCUCCAGGAGAGGCGGGCCGAUCGGCGGGACCCCCCUCUGAGGUUCCCGGACCUGUGAAGAAGCCCAAGCUGCGUCCUCCGCCCCUGAAGAAGACGUUUGAGCACGUUGACAGGGUCCUGUCGGAGGUGGACUUUGAGGAACGAUUUGCGGAGCUUCCGGAGUUCAAGCCUGAGGAGGUGCUGCCGUCACCCACCCUUCAGUCCCUCGCCACCUCGCCCCGAGCUAUCCUGGGCUCGUAUCGCAAGAAACGUAAGAAUUCUACUGAUUUAGACUCCUCCACUGAGGACCCCAUUUCUCCCAAGAGGAAGAUGCGUCGACGUUCCAGCUGCAGCUCCGAACCCAACACCCCCAAAAGUGCCAAAUGUGAGGGCGACAUCUUCACAUUUGAUCGGACAGGGUCGGAGGCAGACGACAUGUUGGCGGAGCUGGAGUAUGAUAAGGUCCCCUACUCGUCACUGCGCCGGACCCUCGACCAGCGGCGAGCCCUAGUCAUGCAGCUCUUCCAGGAGCACGGGUUCUUUCCAUCUUCUCAGUCCACUGCUGCCUUCCAGUCCCGCUUCUCGGACAUCUUCCCCACCAAGGUUUGUCUCCAGCUGAAGAUUCGGGAGGUGAGGCAGAAGAUCAUGCAGGCCGCUACCCCCACGGAACACCCCGCCUUCCCGGAGCACUCGUCCCCCAGCACGUCGGAGACUGGACCUUCUGAAAUGCAGCCCCCACCACAGGAUCAUGCACUGCGGUCCGGCGAGCCCCCCGACGCCACUUGGGAGGGAGGGCAAGAACCUCCUGAUCCCUCCAGCAGCAGAUGAGUGCGCCAGGCCCCCACUGAACUCUGAAGACUGGGGGAGGGGGGGGUUAUCCGCUUCCUCCUGUACCCGCAUCAGACUUUGCCCCCUCGUGCACAGACAAUCGGCAGAACGCCCAUCCAUGGCACUUCUCAAUGACAUUGGCACGUGGACUGGCCCUGGGAGGGCCCCUGUACAUUAGUGUGUAGCAUAGGGGUUUGGGGAUGCGGAGCGCCGACUCGUGAUGUAGCAGAGUGCACUGUGCGCUGGGUCAGCAGUGUGUUCAGGUCAAGGAUUUGCAGAGAUGAAUUCUGGGCAGAGGCGGUCCAGCACACGUGGACACCCGUGCCGCAAUUUGGGGGGGGGGCGACAAAAUGCUAUUUUCUUAUGACACUUUAGUGGAAUGAAGCAGCUGUGCUCCGGGAGCUGCCGAAAUCCGAGUAUAUUCUAUAUAAUUCUAUAUAUAGACCUUUAUAUGCAAGAGGAGAGAUGCUGAGCGCCGCCGGCUGUAUCCACACACACGAUAGAUACAUAUAUAUACACUAUGUGUAUGUCUGUAUUGUACCCGUGUGUGAAUAUAGUGGGGCGGGCUGGAAGGACUCGUCCGGGGGCACGCACAGGAGAACCCCGCUGUAUAUAGCUUUGUUUUCUCUUCUAGUCAGUAUACAGAUUUUACUGUAUAUAAGAGUAUACGCCCUUGGUACGCCAGGACGCACAUGUGUACCGAGCGCCGUAUACUCGCCUUGCACACGUCUGCUAUAGUCAUAGAGGGUCUGUCUGUGCUGUUCUUAUAGCAAGGGUUAAAGGGGCUCUCCGACCAUUAAAUAUUCAAAGCUGAAGAGAUUUGACAUUUGUAUCGUGUAGUACGGCGCCCCCUGGGAAGGAGCGGGGGGACGUGAGGCCUUAUUCACACAGUCGGCGGUUCUCAUCCGAAGCUGUGAAUGAGGCCUCCGACACCAGUGCGUCCGGAUCCAAAGCGUGUAGUGAACGCGCAGCCCCCGGACGCAUCCUGACCAUUCAGUCCCGUGUGUCUGUGCCCACGAGCGCCGGUUUUCCCGCAUCAUUUCUGCAUUUUAUAUUGUGCGUUUUUCACUCAGCUCCGGCCCCGUAGAAGAGAAUGGGAUGCGAUGCACUUUUCACUGAUGCUCGGAGAUGCUGAGGGUUGUUGUUCCGAUUUUCUUCACACGUGUGAAAAACACAAUCCGGAUGGAAGAAACGUACACGCUGAACAUAAUCGCAGAACAGUCAGAUCCUAAGGCCUCAUGCACACAACCGUAUGUAUUUUGCGGAACGGAACAGCCGGCCCCUAAUAGAACAGUCCUAUCCCUGUCCGUAAUGCAGACAAUAAUAGGACAUGUUCUAUUGCGAAACGGACAUAAGGAAUGCAUGCAGAGUACCUUCCGUUUUUUUUUUGCGGACCCUUUGAAAUGAAUGGUUCUGUAUACAGUCCGCAAAAAAAAACGGCGUUGGUGUGCAUGGGCCCUGACAGUCCGUAUGGCUGACUAGAUUGUCAGCUGCCGGAGGGGGGAGGAGACCGAUUCUGUUUAGAGCUGGCCCCUAGCGUCACAAAGGUGCAAACAUUGAUGAGAAAGGUAUUCUUUUUUGCUAAAACCGCGGCAGAUUGCUUUAUAAUAGCGAUUAACAGCGUUUCUGUACGGAGACGGUCCCGGGGCGACCCCUGUACCCAGACCAGAAUCACGGAGUCUGUAUAGCAGUGCAGCAGUCUUGGGAGGAUAUAUGUAUACAGAUGUACGGGCGGACCGUCGCCAUGGUGACAGGAGAGCGGCGCUGUAUACGUGCGGGGGGAGUUUUUUUUUAAACUGAUUGCUUUUCCUGUAUGUCCCUGAAGUGCUGUCUGUGGUCAGGAGGACGCGGCGUGGGAUUGGCCCCUUCCUGUCAUGUGAUGUAUUCCGCAUUCGGGGGGCGACCUGCCCGCUAAUCACAUUGCUUUCAGUUUUGAUGCUGUAUUCGUGUGGACGCCCCGGAGACAAACAUGCCGCAUUAUAUAGCGCUACUACGCUUUCCUACUCCAAAGUGCCGCCGCACACACCCUCUGGCUGAGUGUUCCUCUUGUGGCCCCUGUAACAGGGGCCCACAGUCCUGGUCGGCAUUUGGUGGUGGGGAGGGGUGUGAACAAGAACCGGUGCACCACGAGCUGUAUUCUAGAGGUGGUGCAGAAGGGGUUAACCGCACGGCGCUGUGGGUUAACUCUGUAUCUGCUGGGCGCCCUCUCCCCUGCCACAGAUCGUGGGGACACCGGGCGCUUAUUUUUGGUUUGUUCGGAGGACUGAGAGAACGGACAUGUUGAUCAUGUGCAAUAUUUCUUACUGUAAUAAAAAAACAU